UUAAGCAGUUGGAGAAUGCGGUAAAGAAAGAUCUUGAUGUACAACUGAUAAUUACUUCUAUACUUGCGUUUAUGUUCGGUCUUCUACUGACAGGUUUCACCCUAGUUCAUACCGCUUAUGUGUUACAAAACCGUACAACAAUUGAAUCUCUUUCGUAUAGAACUAGAACCUAUAAUGUGAGAGUUCAAUUUGAUCCUGAAAACCCGUCAAAUUAUGGUAUUUCCACUACUAGACCUGGUGAAAAUUUAUGGAAUUUGGGUUGGAAACAAAAUUGGAAAAUGGUCAUGGGUGAAAAUUGGUGGUUAUGGUUUGUACCAUUUGGUAGUCCGCCAGGCAACGGUCUAUCAUAUCCAUUUAAUAAUGCUUCAUAUAAUAGAUUAAUUGACGAAGCAAGAACGCAUUCUAUACCGCAGGGUGACAGUGGUGUGAAUGCUAUAUUACAGCAAGCCCAAUCUCAAUUGGGUCGUGGUGGUAGGAG